UUCAUUACCUUAGUAUUCCUCGAACGUCACUUUUAGGAAUAUUUAAGUCAAAUAGAUUUAUUAAAUAAUGCGCGACCGCGAUAGACGUGAUAGAGAUCGUGACAGGGACAGAGAAAGGGAUCGGGACAGGGACAGAGAACGGGAUCGGGGGCGCGAUAGGGAACGGGAUCGAGAUCGUGACCGUGAAAGACGCUACCGCUCCAAGUCGCCCUCCCGGAGCAGUCACCACAGCUCCAAAUCCAAAAGGAAAAAGUCAAAAAAGUCGAAAAAGUAUUCCAGAAGAAGUCGCAGCAGCAGCGUAAGUUCAUCACGUAGCUCGUCUCGCAGCAGCAGGAGCAGCUCCCGCAGCAGACACAGCAAAAGCCGGAGCCGCGACCACAAGUCUCGCUCCACAUCCCAGAGAACCGUUAGGGCGCCCAGUUCCGAGAGCAACUCCCGAUCGGCUCCCGCUACAACAGCUACCGCAUCUGCUGCUCCUGCGGUUAAGCCCAUCGACUUGCUGGACGCAAAGGUUCAAAAGGCAUUGGAGACCAUUGACGAGGAUGCCUUUAAGCCGGCGAGCUUCUUCAGUUCGAGAGAAGCGUCCGAGAAGGUUAUCAUAGAUCUCAACAAAGAAACAGUGACGGUGGCCAACAAACCGGCCGUGGCAGUUCGAAACGAAGAUGUAAUAUUCCAUCCGAACUUUCUUGGCGAUCCCGAUGCGAAGGCCGAAAAGUGGCUGCGCAAACUAUACAAUUACCGCCAGAAGUACAUGCAGGAGUAGUGGAUUUUAGACUCUGUAUUUAACAAAAAUAAACCUAUGCUUAGAAAAUGUC